GUCUCCGGUCUGUUGAGGUGUGAGGUCCUUGUUUGUCAAAUUUUCAAGUUUUAAGUGCAUUGCUUGUUUGGGUCUGGCUGGUGGGAGGCUUCGGCCGUGGCUAGUUACCACCCUACCGGCAAAGACGUACCGCCACGCGAUUUAGCGUUCCGGUACGAUGCCGUGUAGAAACCGAAAGGGGUGUGGAUUUUCAUCCUCCUCCUAACAAGUUAGCACGAUCCAUCUUAGAUUGCAUCAUCACUUACCAUCAGAUUCGUAAGAAACGAAAUCCAAAAUGGCGUCUGAAAUCAAUUUCAAAAUCGAUCAACACUGUCACGAUGUCAAAGCAAACUUCGACGUAUUGUUGAUCACAAGUUUUAUAAUUAAUAUAAUUAAAGCCUUUGUAACAUUCGUCAGUAGUUGUUAUAAAGUUAUUCUAGUUGUUGCAUUUAUAUUUGUAUUGUUAUACGUGUUGUACAAGUCAUAUUGGAAUCCAGUGUUAUAUAGAAAGGAGCUAUCAGAUACGGGCUACAACCACCUCCCGAAGAAGGACCGCUCCCUGCACAUCAUCAGUGCGCAGAACAAGAGGAAGUUUGGCAAUAAGCUCCCCCCUCCUUAUCCCAAUGGCUGGUUCUCCCUGGUGGAGAGUCGGGACCUCGCUGUGGGAGGUGUUAUAUCUGUAGAUGCCUUGGGUCUAAACCUCUGUGUGUACAGAGGUGAAGAUGGGGUGGCGCGUAUAGUUGACGCUUACUGUCCUCACUUGGGGGCCAAUUUGGGGGUAGGGGGUUCGGUUUGCGGGACCUGCAUCGAGUGCCCCUUCCACCAGUGGCGGUUUGGGGUCGACGGCGCUUGCGUCAGCAUACCAGGGAUGGAGUCAGUUCCAAAAGGAAUAUCCAUCAAGACAUACCACGCGAUGGAGGUGGACGGAUCAGUGUGGGUGUGGUACCACGUCGAUGGGCUACCCCCUCAGUGGACCGUCCCAGAGUCAGAGGCAGCCAAGAGUUGGGGGUACAGAGGACGCAAUGAAUUCCUGGUCAAUGCCCAUAUACAGGAGAUACCAGAGAACGGCGCCGACGUGGCGCAUCUGAACGCCGUUCACAAUAUAUCCAUCUUCUCUGACGCGGGGGUCAAGUAUCCCUUCCUCAAUCGUCUAAUAGGUCACCACAUCUGGGGCGCCGAAUGGCAGAAGGGUGACGAAGACCACGUGGCCAAAAUCAAAAUAUCGCAGAAGUACCUGAUCCUCAAAAUGGACGUGUUCCCUCUAGAAAUUACAGUCAAUCAGAUCGGUCCCGCCCACGUCAGAUUAAGUUUCAUGUCCUCCCUGGGGCCCAUGACGGUGCUCCAGUCGGUGACCCCACUGGGGCCUUUGCUGCAGAAGGUGGUACACCGAGUGUACUCGCCCGGGUACAACGCUCCGCUCGGGGCAGCGAUGGUCUGGCUCGAAGCGAAACAGUUCGAAAGGGACGUGGCGAUAUGGAACCACAAGCGCUACGUCAGUGCACCCGCCUACGCCAAAAACGAUAAAACUAUUAGAGCCUUCAGGUCUUGGUUCAAUCAGUUUUACAGCGACAACAGUAUAUCCCUCAGAGACGCUCUACAGAACCCUCUGGAUUGGUAGCAUUUUGCAUGAAAA